AAAUUUGGACGACAUGUACAGCGCUCACAAAAUCGCACUCAGAGCGAGAGCCCAACGACUUGCUGCUACUGAGCGACUGCUGAAGAAGAGUUAUGCAAGCCAACCUCAAGGACUUAAUCGAUACAGCCGCAAUGUCACUCAGCCAAAGGACCAAGGCGCAAGCCAGGCUAUGUUGUAUGCGACGGAGGGCGUUGAGAGCGAGGAGGAUUUAAACAGACCUAUGGUUGGCGUGGCUAGUGUUUGGUAUGAAGGAAAUCCAUGUAAUCGCCAUAUCUUAGGUCUCGGGCAACAUGUCAAGCAGUCCUUGAUGAAGUCUGGCAUUAUCGGCUAUCAGUUCGGCACUGUUGGUGUCAGCGACGGUAUCAGCAUGGGGACAUCUGGGAUGUCAUACUCGCUGCAAUCACGCGAUUUGAUCGCAGACCAGGUCGAGACUGCAGCCGGUGGUCACUGGCUGGAUGGAAUGAUUGUCAUCCCUGGGUGCGACAAGAACAUGCCUGGUGUGCUGAUGGCUCUGGGUCGCCUUAACCGGCCCGGAUUCAUGCUUUACGGUGGAACUAUCCAGCCUGGAUCCUGUGCCGGCCAGCCCCAGCUGGACAUAGUGUCUGCCUUCCAAUCAUUUGGCCAGUACCUGCAAGAUGGUCAGACGGACGAAGCCGAGAAGACCCGUCGUGAUACUGUCAGGUACUCUUGCCCAGGCCCGGGCGCUUGCGGAGGAAUGUACACCGCCAAUACGAUGGCAAGUGCAGCAGAGGCUAUGGGCAUGACUAUUCCUGGAGACUCCUCGUUCCCAGCUGUGUCUCCGGAGAAGUUUGCAGAGUGUGACAGCGCAGGAGAAGUGAUGCUGAACAUGUUGGAGAACAACAUCCUGCCUCGUGAUAUCAUGACGCGAUCCGCGUUCGAGAACGCCAUGGUUUUAACGAUGAUCUUGGGUGGCUCAACAAAUGUUGUCCUCCACCUUAUUGCCAUCGCCCGAUCGGUCGGCAUCACCCUCACUCCCGAUGACUUCCAGUCUGUAUCAGAUAGGAUUCCUUUCAUCGCAGACCUCAAGCCGAGCGGCAAGUACGUCUUCAAUGACGUGUUCAAAAUUGGCGGUAUUCCAAAGGUCCUUGCAUACCUGCUGAAGCACAACUUGAUCGAUGGAAACAACAUGACUAUUACUGGAAAGACACUCGGAGAAAACUUAGAUCGGUGGACUACCAAAUAUGGUGAAUUAUCGGAAACCCAAGAUGUCCUAAAGCCGCUAGAAAAGCCCAUCAAGAGCAGCGGUCAUAUCCGCAUCCUCAAGGGAAACCUGGCACCUGGUACGGCAGUAGCUAAGAUCACAGGCAAGGAAGGGCUCCGCUUUGUCGGCAAGGCGCGUGUCUUUGAUAACGAGGACGAGUUCGUUCAUGCUGUUGAAUCGGGCUCGAUCAAGAAGGGCGAGAAGACAGUUGUUGUAUUGCGGUAUCUUGGCCCGAAGGGUGGUCCAGGAAUGCCGGAAAUGCUCAAGCCUACGAGUCUGAUCAUGGGUGCUGGGUUGGGCCACGAUGUAGCAUGUUUGACAGAUGGGCGUUUCAGCGGAGGCUCUCACGGUUUCGUAGUCGGCCACGUCGUGCCCGAGGCCCAGGUCGGCGGGCCCAUCGCCCUCGUAAAAGACGGCGACGUGAUCACGAUCGAUGCAGUGAAGAACACGAUCGACAUGGACGUUGCCGAGGCGGAACUGGAGGAGCGGAGAAAAGCUUGGUCUCCUCCGCCGUACAAAGUGUCCCAGGGGACGUUGUACAAAUACAUCAAAACGGUGUCCGAUGCUGCACACGGCUGUGUGACUGACGCAUAGGAACCAGGGGCAGAUUAAUGAGGUUCUAGACAUACAGGUACAUGUGCCGUCAUGUGGGUAUAGAUGCGGGGUAACCAAUCAAUGCUUGGUCGCCUUGACUCGCUUCUUCUUUUCCGCUUUGGGCAGCUUAUGCUUCCUCCUCUCACGGGCCUCUUCUUUGACAGCCUUUUUCCGUUCCUGAGAGAAACAGAUCAGCCUGCUAGGUCAAU